AUGGCCGCCACAUACGAUCAAGGCCUCGAGCCAGCGCGCCACGACUAUCCAGAGGUCACAGACCCUUCCCACUGGGCACCGGAAUACGUGCCUCCCCAGCCACUGACCAAUGAGCCGAUGAAGCCGUAUGGGAGUACCUACGUGACUCCUGCCGCCCCUUAUGAGCUCUCACACACGAGGGAAUCAUCCUCGGCAUAUGGUGGACAUGCAGCAACGGCGACACUACCUUACGAUAUGCACGAUCAGGUCCGGUUGCCAGCAUCGCCCCCAACAGCAGAUCCGUCAUCAUCGAUGAGCUCGGAAAAGCCCCCUUCUCACCACCGGAAAAAGACAAUAUUCGGCUGCACAACACUGGUGUUUGUUCUCUCGUGCAUCAUUGCGCUUCUGUCGAUGGCGGUGAUUGGGCUGGCAGCUGCCGCGGGGAUGGAGGCGCACAGGGCGAACACCAACGCGAGCAGGAUGGCGGUCAUGCUUGCUGAGAGCAAUAGUACGUCUGGGGGGCUGGAGUCGGUUUCUGACGCCGAGCCCGAGCCUGGUACCGGUUCUGGUUCUGAUUCCAACACUACUCCCGGCAGCACAAGAACCGGAACCGUCACCGUCUCCGCUGCUGCUGCGGCGACCGAGACUGUCAGGGUCACUCCUGCUUCCGCCAUCUCCGCCGUUGACGACGGCUGCUCGGAAAACCCUGAGAAAGUCCACGGGUCGACUUAUACUUCUUACAAACGCUUCAACUCUUUGAAAUUCACCCGCUACUGCCAACGAGAUCCAGACGGCUCGCUCGUGAUGGUGAUUUUUACCUCGACUUUUGAGCAGUGCAUGGACGCGUGCGCGUCGUACUCGACUUAUGUAGCGGAGUCGUUCCCCACGGGAGGCGCAAAGACGAGGUGUGACGGGGUUAGUUUUAUUCCCGAGUGGGCGGAUAAGGCUGCUGCGGGUAAGGAGAAUUCGAGGGGGAAUUGUUACCUGAAGAGUGGAGUUAAGGGGGAGGGGGGAGAGAAUGGGAAGAAGGUCAAGGUUCAUGCUGCCAUUUUGCAGGGAUAA